AUGGGGGAGGGGACGAAAUACCCGGCGAUUAUUCUACGGAGAUCCGGGCCGUGGACGAGAAGGUCGAGGCUGUCGAGGAGGAUAUCCAGGCUGUCGCGCGGGAGAUCGGUUCCGUGGGGAAGAAGAUCGAGGCGGUGGAAGCUGCACUCUCUGGGGGAAUUCCUUAUCUCGGGAUCGCUGACCGCGACCUCCUGNGGAGCGGGGCUGGCUUUAAUCCUUGCACAUGGUAACACACAGCAGUUGAGGCCCGCGAACAGGAGACGUCAAUCUAGCAACUUAGGAUCAGGGCUUAUGUACGGGUGACUUUUGAUUGUGGGAGGAGGAAAGCUCACCGCGUACCGCGAUGGAAUUGAAGGCACGAAUCAAAGAAGUCAUGUCAUGUGGCGCUGAGUGGAGAGGGCCCCGACCGUGUGGCUCUGUCUGUGACCCUGCGCUGGUGUUUCGUUUUCAUCUGGUCAGGAUGUCAGGAUGCUCACCGUCUUGGCUUCAUGUGUUUCGUCGACGAUGACCCCCACUCAAUGCCUGUACCGCACGCAACCUGUCGGCGUCAUUUCUCGUCGAGUUCGCAAAUGAGAACCAUGUGUUGUACGCCGGUUGUUGUUGUGUCACCGAGGAGCUGCGUGUUGUACACCAGCUGUGGUGUUUUUGUUGGCGCGAUUAUGUUUCAGAAGUCAGGAUCAGAGCUUCGUGUCCAUACUCGCUUGCAAUUCGAUCCCGAAGGACCUCUGUUUUCAUUCCCUGGCUACAGUAGCGAGGGUGGCAGCUGGGUUUACUCGUGCCUCUUCCAUCAGUGGUGGUUGUUGGGGAGAAAAGUGUUCGUAGCAUUGCGGAAGGUCGAGGUUUAUUCAAUCGUCUUGCGCAUUCGGUCGGACUACACACUGGUGCGUACGUACUCCAACACCUCUGUGUGUGUGCUCCAUACCCGUGAGCGUGUCCGCAGCAUAUUUUAGUAUUUGUUUUGGCAUAACUAGGUGACGUUUGCUUUGCGGCGCGGUCGUCAAAGACCCAUCCGUUGCAACAAUCCAUGGGACUUGUUCGACGAAAUAUGGGCCCAAUGUCUGCCGCAUUGCCUCCACAGAUGGCGCCGUGUUUUGAUCAUAUGUCGAUUUGUUUCUGCUGCGGUACUGCGGUGUACUCGAAAUCUUGGUCAUUGCUCUGGUUGUCAAGCGUUUACAUGUAAGCUUCAAGAGAGAGAGCAAAAGGUGCAAUCGUUUCACCCCCCCCUUUUCUUGGUGUUUUUCUACUCGUCGUUCAGUGGCCGCAUCAAUUGACGGGACCAUUGAACAAUGAGCCAACCGCUGACCUCUGCGGUCUAUGCCUCGCGUGUCGUCGUUCCUUGUCAUGUGGGCCCACUACACUAUGGUCCGACGCACUUCCUGGAUGACUUGGGCGGCAACUUUACAUGAUGGCCAAACGCAGUCCCUAAAGCUUUAGCGGAUUUCGGCGCCGUGCUCACAAAAGCAGUGGUAGCCGACAACACCCUGGAACUUGCAGAUGGGACGUUUUUCCUGGGUGAGCCUCGGCUGAGAUCAAAGCUGUUCAUCCGUCCUUGUUACAAGGACCUGUCGGAGCUCAUCUUGGAAGGUGUUACCGACGGUACGAUGGACAAAAUUGUAGUGACAGGCACUCCCGGCAUCGGCAAGUCCGAGUUUGGUUUCUAUCUUAUGUACCUGUUGCGCGGUCAAGGAAACACCGUUGUUCUUGAAAGAAAAGACUCCUGGUUCCGCUUUAGUGAUGGAGGGGUAACCGUAGGAGAUUUUUCUUCUUUCAGAAGGGCUGGUUACCUGUACGGUAACAGCACUUGGUAUUUGAGUGACCCGGAAGAUCGGCCUAAGGAGCUUUUGGGUCUUCCAACGGUUGUGUUGCUGUCGCCCAGGAAGAGCAGGGUUAACGAGUUUAUGAAACAACCCGGUUCCCGUCGGUUUUAUAUGCCUCCGUGGUGCUUGGAUGAGUUGUUCAGAUGUCGGCAAGCUGUGUUCCCCCAUGUGCCAGAAACCGACGUGCGGGAACGCUUUAGUAAGGUUGGAGGUGUGGCUAGAGCAGUCUUCGAUGCGGAAAAGCUCAAGCAGGUUUGCCUCAAAAUGCAGGCAGCGGCUUCAAAUAUGGAUCUAAACCUGCUGCAACAGAUUCUGUCGCGAAGUCGUGAUGACGUUGACCAGGUCUCGACCGAUAGGAGUGGUGACGCACUCUUGCAUUUGUUGCCUAUACCUGAAACAGGUUUCGAGGAGUUCAGUGUCGAUUUUGCGAGUGAGUUUGCCCAUAAUGUGACUUUAGGAGAGCUUCCCAAAAAGGAAUUUGCUCCACUUGCAAGCUUUGUCCGGGCUGCUUUCGCAAACGACGAAUUGGGCGACAAGGUUACAGCUGAGCGCGCGGCUGGGUUUGAAACUAUUGCACACAAGACGAUCGGGGGCGCUAGCGAGCAGCAAUGGUUUGACAUGAGAAUCCUGAGCCGUGCAAGUAGCAGCACAAAGUCUGUACUCGAGGGGAAUCGUUUGAGGUUGAGUUUUGUGAAGGAGCAGUCAUUCGAAGGCAACAGUUUUCUCGAUGCGCUUGUCGCUGGGACGUACUAUAGGCCGGGAAGCCCGAAUUUUGCAGCGGCUGAUUCGUUCGGAGUAGACAACGGCAGCAAGACCUUGUGGUUUUUUCAAGUGAAAUCUGCAGGCUUGCCGCCUAAAGAGGGGGAGAAGGCUGUCAAAUGGACGCAUGUAGAAAAGUACUGGAGAAGAGCUAAACUCCACCACGGCGCGCCAAUCAAGAAGAGGUUUGUGUAUGCUUUUGUGGUUCCAGAGGGCAAAGUAUGGAACAAGGCGACCGAGACUUGCGAAGAGGGUGGUGGACGUGGUGAUUGGCUGCGCAACGUAACUGACGGUUUCAAAUCGGCGUGUGAUGUAUGCGUAAUUGAGAUGCCAUUGCAGUUGUAGUAUGUUUUGCGUCGCAGCCUCUCGUACUGGAAAAGCAGAGUUGUGGAGAGUUUCUACACGGCUAGCAAUGGAAAAUGUAACACAGCUUGUCAUGGUACACGGCCACCGGAAUUUCCGAGUUUCAUCAAGAGAGAUUUCUGGCCCGUCGACUUGUGCGGAUGCAAGAGUAGAUCAGGUGGUAUUUCAAGGCCACGGAUUCCCACCACAAGGCAUCAUCAAAUCGGGGUCUGAGGUUUCUUGAGGUUGUUUUCAGUCAACUCCUUACUUUGUUUCUGUCAUGCAUGCUGCAAAACACAGUGGACAAAUGAACGAAUCUGGCAGCUCCCAAGUUUGAACUGUCGCAUUUUGCUCGUCACGUUUUGUUUGGUGUGGUUUUUUAUGAGGGUGGGUCGAAAUCUCAUUUCUUCUGUCAUGUUAGCUUUUUCCUCGCGAGUUCAGCAUAUAGUUGUCGUUUGGUCUAUUCCUUUCGCCUCUUCGCGCCUCUUCCUUGGAUCACCUUUAUUUAAUGGUUGAAAGCAAGCCGACGAAUAUCGUCGGCGUUGCUAGUCUCAAGCUGGCUUUGUUGUCUCGCUCAUUGUUUCAGCCUUGAGAAUGGAAGCAUGGACGGACUCCUCAUGUAUGCAUGCUUCAGGCAGUGGCAUUUCAUUAGCGCGACAAGUGGAAAGUCUGCACUGUACCGAGCCAAAAGAUGUUUGGAAACGGCCUAAUAGUACGCACCAGAAAAUGUU